ACAUACUUCGAAAUAUUUUAGUAGAAAAUUAAUUCUACUUUCUUUAUCGUUUAAUCAAAUAACGCUACUCCUAAUAAACAUGGAUAAAAGAAAAAUGUCGACAGCAGGGGAUUCCCUAUAUCAAAUUUUAGAGAUUCCAAAAACUGCUACUCCUGAAGAAAUCAAAAAGACUUAUAGAAAGUUAGCAUUAAAAUAUCACCCUGAUAAAAAUCCAAACAAUCCAGAAGCAGCCGAAAAGUUUAAAGAAAUAAAUAGAGCACAUGCAAUAUUAACAGAUUUAACUAAGAGGAAUAUAUAUGAUAAUUAUGGAUCUCUGGGAUUAUAUGUUGCUGAGCAAAUUUUCAAGCCUGGUGUAAAUACACAUUUUAUUUUAAGCUCUUCUUGGUUGCAGGCACUCUUCAUAUUUUGUAGUGUGAUAACUGCAUGUUAUUGCUGUUUCUGUUGCUGUUGCUGCUGCAAUUUCUGUUGCGGCAAAUGUAAACCAACACCACCGCAAGACAGUGGAGCAUACCACAACUUACAGCGGGACCAGAACCCAGAGGCAGAUGUCAUGACGAAUCAGCCCAGAAGCCUAGCCAAGGAGGAAGAAAGUGAUGAAGAUGCGAUAACAGGACAACCACAACCUGGUCAGCAGAACAAUUCCGCGAGCCAACAGCCCAUUUUUGCCAUGCCACCACCAUCCACUACCAUCGAUGAAAAUACGAACUUGAACAGUGGCGCUGAAAGAGUUAUUUACACAACUGCUGCCUCGACAAAUCCCUUCGUUGGAGCAAACGUUGGUACAACUGGUACGAGUCCAACAAAGUGGUAGUCACCGAAAUAUAAAAUGGUACACGUAUGAGCGUUAAAUGAUUUGUGGAACAAUUUUUGCACGGGGUGGAUUUU